UUACUCACCACCGUACGAGGACCACUCCACUCUCGUCGCGUCUCACGAAUCUCCUUCGCGAGAGCUGCUCUUGCUGAUAUUCCGCUUCGUCCCGUGCCAGGAAGGUGAAUGAGAGGGGAGAGGGAUAUCACGCCUCGCGAGAGAGGAUCUGGACAACGGAGCACAGGCACCAAACGAUCGCCGGACGGUGGUGAGCAACGGUGGUUCGCUCCUUCCAUCGUUCCUGAAGAGAGAGAGAAAGAGAAACGUUGAAAGAUCAGGACCUUACGUCCUGUCAACGCGCGAAUACAGGGAUUGAUAGUGUCGAAAUCCCUCGAGAAUCCCACCGAAUUUUCACUGUGCGGGAGAACUUUGAGACAAGGUGGUCAAUCAUCGUUUAACGUGCCGAUCACAAGGGACUUCUAGUCAGAAAGGAUAAAAUUCUCCUCAAACGAUAAGUCUACGUUGUGUGGUGUGUGUGGUAUUGAUAAAGGGAUAGGCACUCGUGUGUAUUGCCUGAACGGGAACGAUCGAGACACCGUUAUCCGAGCACGUGGUCGCGCUAAGUGUAGUAAAACGAGGAUCUUCUAAUUGGAUAUAUUAUUGAAAAACGGUCCAAAGGUUUGCGGAAUGUUUGUGCGGACGUUUCGAUAACCCGUAUCCUCAUAAACGGGCCGACUUUCAGCACUCGUAUAGGUGAAAGGGGAGAGAAAAAAGAAGAAAAGGAGUGACCUCUGAAAUGUGAGGAUAGUGUGUUGUUGCCAAACGAGUGCUCUUUUAUCAUCUCCGUCGCCUGCUUUUAUUCUUCUUCUUCCCCAGUGUUGUCUUUCCAUCUUCCUCUCUGUUUUUCUCUUUUCUUUCUCUCUCCAUCUCCCCCCCCCCUCUCUCUAUCUAUCUAUCUAUCUAUCUCUAUCUCUAUCUCUCGCCCGUAUUAUGAGCAGAGCAAAAAUGGAAAAGUGUCACGAAUCAACGGAAGUGUUACCACCCUCGGCAAGGUCGAGAUAUGACGUAUAAGGUGAAUGUCGGCAGAGAAAUCAUACCAGCAAGGACGAUGUAGUGAGAGAAGAACAGGGAGACGAAAAGGAUGGGCUGGAGAGAGAGAGAUACACAUACAAACCACGCCCGGCUCAUCCCGACUUUCUAGAAAUCGAAAACUGGAUCGCGCGGCUGCCAACAUCUCCGGAGAUCUCGAGAAACGUCAAUCUCCCCAGAUAAGCGAGGAGCGGGGCAAGAUCGAGUGACAGAGGCAGUGUGAUGAGCGGAUAUUUCGGUAGCACCACUCUGCCCCCGACGUUGUUGCACGACCCGAAGUAUCCUCCAGCCAUGCGGGAGAAGGAUUCGAGUCCGAGAAAAAUGCCGGGCCACAUAAGCCCAAAGCAAGCUAGCAUUUAUCCCCUGAGCGUCCGCGUGCCGGACGUCGAGGAAUUGCCAUACGACCUCAGUCACGGUCACGGACGUAGCCUGUCGAGCCCGACGAAUCAGCAACCACAUAUGAGUCCGGCGGCCAGACCACCUCAGCCUCAUCACCAGGACGAUCUCGACUGCGAGCCGCUCGAUCUCCGCGUCGAUCAUAAAAAGGAACGGCUCAGGGACGAGAAUCAGAACGAAAUCGAGGUAUUAAAUCAGAACAGUCCGGGCGGCAGUUUGCCCUACCAUACAGUGCUCUUUCCCCAGCAUCAUGCGGUACACCCGCUAGUCCUAGAGGCCAUGUACAGAUCACAUCAUCAUGGCUCGCAGGUGCCUGAUCUGCCAAAGAUCCAAGUUAGAACGCUGCCUACGAUGGUACCUCUACCAUCCAGUAGAUUUUCGUCGUCCACUACCUCCUCCCCUUCCUCCUCACAACUGACAGCAAGAGCCGUCAGUCCAGUCAGCAGUCAACAUCAGCAACAGCAUCAACAGCAGAGCCAUACUACACAGCAACAACAACAGCAGUAUCAUCAACAACAGCAGCAGCAGCAGCAGCCGCAACAACAGAAUUCGAGUUUGUCACCCUAUUCGAUCAGUAUGCAAGCCGGUCUCAAGCCUAAGGACAGAUACUCAUGCAAAUUCUGCGGCAAAGUAUUCCCAAGAUCGGCGAAUUUAACAAGACACUUGAGAACGCAUACCGGUGAACAGCCGUACAAGUGCAAAUACUGCGAGAGGAGCUUUAGCAUCUCGAGUAACCUCCAGCGUCACGUCAGGAACAUUCACAACAAGGAGAAACCCUUCAAGUGUCCACUCUGUGAGAGAUGCUUCGGCCAGCAGACUAACCUGGAUCGGCAUCUGAAGAAGCACGAUGCGGACGGUCCUACGAUACUGGACGAGGUCAGAUCGAGGUAUCACAGCCAACUUCCUAGGACCGAUGAUUCCUAUUUCGAAGAGAUCCGCAGUUUCAUGGGAAAGAUCACCUCACAACGACAGACCAUACCAUAUUUUCCCGGUCUGUUAAGCCACGCUACCGACGAUUUCAAAAACGACAAGCAACAACUUCAGCUGGAGGAAAAGCGAGGCGAUUCGUCGUACUUUAGCGAUCGGGACAAUCUUAGUUCAAGAUCAAGUAGUACGGCCAGUAGGCCAGAGAGCAUCCAAGAGGAACAGAGAGAUACAAAUUCACCGCCACUCUCGCCCGGCAAUAACACCUGAGUCUUAAUAUGCGACUAUGAUAAUCCGGUUAUCAACUAGUUCUGUUAAGAGACUUUUCAUUGAUUGUGGUUGAAAUUCAAGAACAAAAGAGAAUUUGAACCGUCAGUAUAAGAGCGAAAAUCUUAGAGAGAUGACACUUUCAAUCAUGCAAGAUUCGCUUUUAUUAAAAAUUGCUUUCGCGAUACAGAUCUUAGAUUAAUCUGAUACACGAAAUAAAUUUUCAUAAAAAUUCUUGCAAACCGAGAGAUAUAAAGAUGGAAUUUAAAAAUAAACAAAAGUGAUUUAUUCGUGAAGGUAAAUCUAAAAAAAUCGGCGAUGACUCUAUGGCUGACAAAGAUAAGCGAUAUCAAUAUUUUGGACCAAUAUUUUCUAUAACAAAUUUUGAUAAUUAUGAAUUUUAAAAUAUACAUUAUUUUUGCCGAACAUUACAACUGAAAAAUUUAAACGUAGAUUCACUGGGGUAAGAGGAGAAUUAAAAUGUGGUGCCUUAAAGAAACAUGUGCCUAACUUGUAGGACACGAUCCUGAAGAAUAUAAUUCAACCGGAUCGAAAUAUAAAAAGCCUUAAUAUAAUAAAGUUAGAUAAAUGAAUAACUAAAAUUAUGCUAAAUAAUAUCGUACUAUAAGUAAUUUUAGACUUAAAACGUGCUUAACUUAAGGUAUGCUUGAGCGAGCCAGAAAGUCAUAAAGAGUUUGGCGAAAUCGACGGCAUAAUCCUUAGCAGAGCAGUUUGCAGAGAUGAUAAAGGUGAAGAAAAUAUCUUAUAUAUUUCAAAUUGCUACUUAGAACGAAAAAAGUGAAUAUAAUGAAUAUAUUUUAAAUUCAUAAGAAAUUUUAUCUUAAAAAUUAUAUUUAUAUCUUGACAUUUUUAUAUACAUUUGAAGACACAUAAACAAGAGCGACCUAUUCAUGACAGUAAAUUUUACUUGAAAAAAGGCGAUAAAUUUUUGACUCAUAAUAAUUA